AUUAUUUGCGUAUAAUUUAUAACCACUUCUUGUGUGAAAGCAAACAAAGCGAUAAAAUCGACGAUUUAACAACCUAAACGCUAGAAGCGUGUUUGGACUUUAAAUGUUAACAUAAAAGCGACUGCCUAUAAUUACAUUUAAUACGUUUAAUCCGAAAUUUGACAAACAGUUAAGUAUUAUAAGGCUAUGUAGUAUACUAUUAUUUCCAUUUACAGUUGGAUUAAGCGUACUGUGACAGCGAGCGACGUGUGUGGUUUUUAUCGAUCUAAAUUUGUUCUUAAGGAUAAAACGGAUCCUGACAAAUAGUCCUAUCGAUAAUCGUUAUCCUGGUAACAGGAUGAAGCUUGAACUUGUAUCUCUGUGCCUCCUGCUGGCAUCCUUCCGACCCACGGAGCAGACGUUCUUUGGAGAAACUUACUACAACGACCGCUACGGCGCACAGGGAAUUUCCUACGAUGCAGAUGAUCGGACGUCUGGACUGUGGUCGGACGAAGGCUCACUCCGUAGCAACUACCUAAUGCUCGACUCGUUCUUUGAUGGAGAUGCAGUUUGCUCGGGUUGCACGUGUGAUGAUGCUAACAACAACAUCACGGAAUGCACGGGGAAUACGGUAGUGCUAAAAGGGAAGACGUUCUAUAACAUCACAGCAGGCGUGUUCUCCGAAACAACGACGAGCAUACGGAUAUUUAACUGUCCUAAUUUCGAGUUAUUCGAAGAACGGACCUUUGAGAAUCUAACGAAUUUGGUCGAAUUGAUAGUCCAAGCAACAGCCUUAAACCACGUGCCCGACCUUUCAGCGACUAAGGUCACAAAAGUGAAUUUAGCAGGGAAUAAAAUCAAGAUAGACACUGAGAAUCAUAGAGGCUGGAAAUGGCCGUCUACAAUUAAGUAUCUGGCAUUAAUGGACAACAAAAUGCAUUGGAUCCCACCGAAGUUUGUAGACGGACCAAAUCUGCGGAUUGCGAGUUUCGCCAAUAACGAACUACUUCAAAUUCACCCGAACAUUUUCGGCGACACUUCCGCCUUGGUAUACUUGGGUAUGGAUGGUAACAAGAUCACGCGGAUAUCUCGUAUGAGUGUGGCACCCAUAGCAAAGUCUAACUUCCUUCACCUCAAUAUAAGCAACAAUUUGAUCGAAUACAUCCAAGGUGGUACAUUCAAUCAGUUUCCAGCUCUGAAAAUACUGGAGGUUCACCAGAACUAUCUGCCGACUAUCAAUCAGGACGUGUUCUGGAACAUACCUACUCUUUUACACUUGGAUCUGCACAACAACGACAUAUCCGCGCUCCCCAGCCGCAGUUUUGAGAACCUCCCGAAGCUCGUGGAGCUACGUCUACACUCGCAGAAAACUAAGAUGAAGUCCAUCGCCCACGAAGCCUGGUCAAACAUCGGAGCCGAGCUUAAAUAUUUGUUUGUGAGCGAGAACGAGUUGCAGACGUUCCCACACCAGGUCAUGGAAGAAGGAUACUAUCCGAAACUGGAAAUCAUAUUUGCCGAUAACAACGGUAUCAGAAACGCAACUGAGUAUGGCGAGGAAGCGUUCCUGACCUCACAGAAGUACCUCUGGGCGCAGAAAAGACGCAGCUUUCACUUCGCAUUCACCACGUACCCAGCUUUAAAUACCCUAUACCUUCAUGGUAACUUUAUCACAGAUAUCGAGAACGAUGAUUUCUGUAACAUGACCAACCUACAGAACCUGUUCCUCGGCGGCAAUUACUUGACGGAGGAGAAGAUCGACAAAGAUGCCUUCAAAUGCCUCCCUGUCCUUGACUAUUUACAUAUGGGAAGCAACUUUAUCCAGUAUAUACCUGAUGCCGUGAAGACUAGUGCCGUGUUACCGGCCCUGACAAAACUCAUUCUGAUCAACAACAAGAUAACGUUUAUCAAAUCCGGAACCUUCAAAAACCUAACGACAUUGUCAGAACUGGAACUUUCCGGAAAUGGGAUUAUCGCGGUUGAGAAUGAUGCUUUUAAUGAUAACAUUGCCAUUAUUCUCCUUGACAACAACGAGUUCCGGUUUACCCACAAGUACCCGUUCAGUAACCUUGGCAGACUGGUUAAGCUGCAUCUCAGCAACAACAAGAUCGACUACAUUCCGCCAAUGGCCUUCCAGAAUUGUACCUCGCUCCUAGAAAUUCAGCUGGCGUUCAACACCAUUCCACAGAUCCUGAAGUCUCACUUCCAGAACUGCCCUCUGGCGGGUGACAUUCUACUAAACAACAACGACAUAGGCUACAUCGAGGACGGCACGUUUGAUCACGUCACUGUGAUGACUCGAUUCUCGGUCGCAUACAACAAACUGACCCGCCUUCCAAACGCCGGAGACUUCGCAGAUUUGUCAAUCGUCAAUGCAGGCGACAAUGGUCAGGGAGUGAUGGACUUCAGUAAUAAUAGGCUGGUCAUACUGGAGAGCAAUACCUUCGAACGUUUGAACGUCGCUGAGUAUUUUGAUAUUCGCAACAACAAAAUUACCCGGAUCAACACCCUAGCGUUCAAUGGUUUGACUACGAAAUACCUCAAUUUGCAAGGAAAUCCAGUUCGGGAUCUUCACUGGAAGUCGUUUUCGGACGUUACUUUAUCGGAAACUAUGUACUUGAACGAACUCAAUUUUACAACAAUUCCAACAUACGCUUUCUACGACGUCUCAGCAAGAUCACUCCGUCUUGAUAAUGGGGCAGUUGAUACGGUUGAGAGAAAUGCCUUCUACGACGUGGUUAUUUCAGAAGAAAUGACUCUCGCGGAUAACCAUAUUUCGAUCCAACCGGUGCCGAUGUUCGGAGGGACUUCCAGUGUCGGCGAGUUUUUCCGUAUGACAAACAACAAUCUUUCGGCCCUUAGCAGCGAUGCCUUCAACAACGCCAACCUGAACAAGAUCGAUCUGUCCAACAACGACCUUGAUAUAUAUCCCAGCGCGCUUCUGUCACAGAAUCCAAACACAAUUGUGGUAAGCAAUAACGGGAUGUCGCAGAUUAACGAUGGUGCAUUCGUGGGGCAAACUAAUCUGGAGACGCUAACAAUGUCGUCAAACGACAUUCCCGAAAUUCAAAAGAAUUUGUUUGCUAACCUAACUGGAAUGAAAUAUUUACAUCUGGAUAAUAACAAGAUUGCCACCAUCGACGAGACAGCGUUUGACAACAUGGCCCAGUUACUGGAAUUGUAUCUACAGAACAACGAGUUGACGCACAUGCACGACUUCCUGACGCAGCCGAUCACGACUAUCGAUUUGACCAACAAUAAAAUUGAAACGUUUGGCAUCGAUGCGUUCUCGCUGCUUGCAAGUCUUGAGUCAUUAAAACUAACCGGAAACCCGUUGGCGUGCCAAUGUCAGACAGUGUCCACCAUGAACGACGUACACGAAGCGCUGCUGGGCGCAGUCUGCUCCUCGCCGUCUCUCGCGUAUGGCGUCACGUUCGACGAGUCGACUUCAAAAACCCCAACGUAUUACACAAACGUCAACGCUUCCAUGUUUCAAUGCUCUGCAGAGAGUUUGUCUGUUUCGGAUAUCACAGGCACGGAAUUCAAAGUUAGCUGGAACCAACCCGCGAACAUUUUCUACCAGCCAAACGCAACAUUCGGAGUUUCACCGCCGAUUCAGGGCGAAAUCGAGUACCAGCUCACGUGUGUCAGUAGCACAGCAGCGACUGUGUCUGAUACAAAAAAAGAUUCGGACGCCAGUUCCGGUUCAACUUCGUUCUCGCUCACUUUAUCUACUGGCGUGGUAGCCGGUACGAUUUACGAGUGCUCCAUCAAACUGGCGUACAGCGGCUACACGAGCGCUAAGAGCAUCCCGGUAACACUUGUCACCCCGGACUCAACGAUCCCCGGGACCGCCGGACCCCAGGACGUGAUAUUAGAUGUCAUGCACUACGACUUCAGCAAGACUAAUCCAGACUUCGCCGACAUCCUGUAUCCGUCAAUCAAAAACCCCAGCUACGUCGCGUCACCUUAUGGGGCGUGGUUAUCGAUCUCGAACACGCCCACGAGUGAUUCGUUUUCCAAAUGGUACCGAUCAAACCCAACGGUCAACUAUGCACUUAACAAUACGUUGAUUCUUGCACAUCAGUCCGGCACCAUCAAAAGGUUUUGGUCGGAUGAGUUCUUCCCAGUAGAUGGCAGCGGGUUUUCAGCAGAGCAACAGAAAGACUGCACAGGAACAUACCACAACUUUGGUUUUACGACCGCCGUUCGCACCGGUAUCAAGUUUGCUGGCACCGAGAAGAUUACUCUGGGAGGGGGCGAGGCACUGUGGCUCUUCAUCAAUAAGGUCAAGGUCAUAGAUUUCGUCUCGACCGGCCAGAACUCAAAGGAAUGCUUCUACCUCGACCUGUCCCCGGCCGCUACUAAAGGGGGCGGAACUAUUCAGCCCAAGGUGGGGGUGUUAUCGGCUGCAGGGUCCUGUGGCACAUUGGUGAACACGACGUAUUCCAUUGCUACAGAGCUGCUGGUAGGUGAGAUCUAUCACUUCGACCUAUUCCACGCGGAGACAAGGCGCUGCACCUCCCACUUCCUGUUCCAAGUCGAGGGAACGACCUUCAGUCAGUCGCCCCAGACCGAACUACCUCUGGACUACAAGGUUUCAAUCGCAGAGGAUUUUUUCAUAAAUGAUAUCUUGACAAACGUUAACCUGAAUGACGCGUUUGCUGUUGGGCCGUACACCAUCACAUUAUAUGCAGGAAACGAAAACCGGCUUUUUGAGUUCAAGUCAAACAUUCCUGCCAACGCAUUCACACCCCCUGUACAGCCUGCUCCCAACUACACAACAAUCGUUGACCAAGAUAACAACACUGUCCAAUUCUUAGAAUGCUCCACUGUGUUUACGCCCACAUGGAGCAACGCCACUACCGAUGAGACGUUUCCUAUCUCAACGCCAGUAGCUCUAUUCACUCUCAAAGACAAGCUGGAUUAUGAAACAACAAAGGAUUACUACUUUUUGUUGAAUGUUGUGGACACGGGGACAAGUCUUACUGGGUCAAUAGCAAUCAGGGUAGCGAUAACGGAUGUGAACGACAACUGUCCCGUUAUGUCCCCGCUUACAGUUGUGCUGACGCCACUUCCGGUCCUAGUGACAAACGAUCUUGUCACCUUCACCUCCAGCGACACGGACAGUGGUGACAACAGCGACAUCCGUUAUAUCGUUUCAAAAGUGAUUCCCGACCCACCAGUCGAUUACAACAGCUCAAUGGAACUUUACGAUGACGUCUAUCUCAACUACACGACGCUGCAGUUCCAAGUGAUCGCCAUUGACAACGGAACCGUACCGCGCGGAGACGUCGCGUCCGUUAACGUCACCGUGAGCAACACGUGCGUCAUGGACGUCCUGUUUGGCGACAUCAAGUACAUCUUUGCGGUGGAUAAGGUCACUGGAGGCAUGACGCUGAGGAUUCCGAAAUACUACGUAGUUGAUUUCCCGUGCGACAGAGAGCUCGGUCUAACAAAGGGAAUGGUACUGGACAACAUGAUGUCGGCGUCGUCUUCUUUAGAUGACCACUCCACGGGACCUGGACGGGGUCGCGUUAACAGCACAGCAAACGUCUACAGCGAACUCGCCGGCGCCUGGGUUGCCGGCGUUGCCGACACGAACCAGUACCUGGAGGUUGACAUGGGGCUGCCUUACAAGUUUACCAAGGUACACAUCCAGGGCCGUGACGACGCCGACGAAUGGAUCACCUCAUUCAAGUUCUUCUACUACAGCGAUAGCACAAGCUCCUGGGAUGAGUACACCAAUGCGGCAGGACAAAACAUAUUGCUGGGAACAACCGAUAGAGACGCAAUCAACAUAGUGUUGUUUGAUCCGCCAGUAUUGAGCAACAAAAUACGAGUAAAUCCUCAGACGUGGCAGGGAGGCAACGUGUCUCUGCGCAUGGAGCUGUCCGGGUGUCAACAAGCGGAACAGCUCUACUACGACGUCAGCUGCGUGCGUUGCGAGGCGACGAACUACUGCGAGGGGGAGGGAGGUCAGAAGCCUUGCGGGCGCUGUGACCCGUAUAACCCGACUUCAACCUGUGGCCGCAACCCCGUGGAACAUUCGUUCGGUCACUCCUCGGAAUGCUCGCCGUGCCCAGAUGGAUGGAUCUGCAAGGACGGCUACGCUACGAUCUGCGAUGAGUUCAUGUAUGCGGAGUGUAACGCCACCUGGUGCCCGGACUCAUGCGCGCAGUGUCAGCCUGGCUGGGCCUGUUACGAUGGACGCCGCACACAGUGUACUCCGGGGUACUAUUCGGAUGGCUUCAUGGACCAAUGCAAGGCCUGCGUCCCGGGGACAUUCAAUAACAUCACUGGCGCCUCCAGCUGUCAGAACUGUCCAUCCGGAUACUAUAGCGGAAGUGCCAUGACGCAGUGCGCGGUGUGCCAACCGGAAGAGUAUGCGCUUAAUGACGGGGCCGGCUGCAUCGCCUGCUCAGGCGUGGGGCAGUGCCCGUGUAUGACCUUUGACAAGUGCUUUAACGGAAUCGGCUGUUACAACAAGGGUAGCGGUACAUACGCAUGUCUGCCGUGCCCGGAUGGAUACAAAGUAGACGGGGAGUCGUGCACGGACAUUGACGAGUGCUACGAACACAACCCGUGCUUCAACUCCCGCUGCGUGAACACGGUGCCUGGUUUCCAGUGCUUGGAGUGCCCCCAGGGCUACUCGGGUACGUACGAGGACGCGUACGCCUGGGACGUGCAUCAGCGCGUCUUCAUCUGGCAGAACUUCGUGCGCUCCAACUUCUCAAAUCAGAGCUGCGACGACAUCGACGAGUGCGCUGUAAAUAAUGGCGGAUGUGACCCCAGGAUGCCAUGUGUGAACACAGCUGGAAGCUACUAUUGUGAUUUCUGCGAGACGGGCUACAUCGGGACAAACAAAAGCGGCUGUUACUUAGACAACUUCUGUAUUUCUGGAGCGCAUAAUUGCAUCGCAGAGGCGGACUGUAUUUAUCUCGGCCCGGCGCAAUUCCGCUGUGUGUGCAAGCCAGGCUACGCUGGUAACGGCAAGGUGUGUGGGCUGGACAGCGACAAUGACGGCCACCCGGACCGGGGCGUCUCCUGUCUAGAUUGGGGAUGCAGAAGGGACAACUGCCCGGCCGUCUCCAACAGCAAUCAGGAAGAUACGGCCAAUGAUAACAAGGGAGACAACUGUGACAGCGAUGACGACAACGACGGAAGAUACGACUGGCUUGAUAACUGUCAGUACGUCUCAAACUGGAACCAGGCCGACGGAGACGGUGACGAAAUCGGCGACGCCUGUGACAACUGCCCUAGCAUGGCCAACGCUGACCAGCUGGAUACCGACGACGACGGAAUGGGGAAUGCGUGUGAUACAGAUGACGACGGCGAUGGAGUACUCGACGCGAAUGACAACUGCCCACUGGUCAGCAACCCCGGACAACAAAACUCGGACUCGGACACAGUUGGUGACGCUUGUGACAACUGUGUGAGCGUUGCUAAUAGUCCGACGUUGGGUGUUCAGUUAGAUCUUGACCAAAACGGAUACGGCGAUGCGUGCGACUCUAUUGGAGGAACAAAUAAAGACGAGGAUGGUGAUGGCGUUUUGGAUUUUGACGAUAACUGUCCAAAUUAUCCAAAUGGAGACCAGUCCGAUAUUGAUUCGGACAAAGCAGGAGACCUGUGCGAUGACGACAUGGAUGCUGACACUGUCGUUAACGGCCUUGACAACUGCCCGUACCUUAGCAACGCCGACCAGACGGACGUCGACGGCAACGGUGUGGGAGAUAUUUGUGAGGAGGAUUCCGACGGCGACACCGUUGUCGAUAAGAACGAUACAUGCCCGAACAACCCUGCGAUGAGCGUGACCACCUUUAAGAAACACUUCAUAGUAGAUCUGGACCCGGCUGACGGACUGGAUGCUCCCAACUGGGAAGUGAAAGACAACGGAGCGGAAGUGCAGCAGAUGCGCUACACCAGUAAACCGACGAUGCUUAUCAGCGAGCAGUCUUACGGUGCGAUUGUGUACGCUGGUACCUGGUUUACAACGGAACCGUAUGCCAGUGAGUAUUUUGGCGCCAUUUUUGGUUACGUCAGCAACAGGAAGUUCUACGCUGUCAUGUGGAAGGGAAAUCACUACAACUAUGGCAGUACGACGUGGAAAGCAGGAAUAACUGGCAUCCAGUUAAAGCUGGUUGACUCAACUUCCGGUCCCGGUUCCGCAUUGAAGGAGGCUCUGUGGCACUCAUCGGACACUGUGGGCCAGGUGACCCUGUUGUGGCAGGACCCUGACCUCCAGGAAUGGAAACCGCAAUUAUCAUACAGGUGGUUCAUCACCCACCAGCCCUCCACGGGAUAUAUCAACAUCAAGGUAUAUCGCGGACCCACCCUGAUGGUAGACUCCGGGGCUCUGUACGACGGUUCGAUCACAGGAGGCCGUGUGGGCGUGGUACAAUUCGGAAACUUUCCUGUCAUCUACUCGAACCUGAGGGUCGAGUGCCAAGACCAUAUUAACAUGGCGCUUCACUUUGACGGCAUCGACGAUUUUGUCACUCUGGAGUCAGUAGCGGAGAUGGAAGUUGAGGAGAGUUUCACGAUCGAGACGUGGAUGAAGCUAGACGCUGGCUACACGGCCGGACCAUAUCCGAUACUGUGCACAUCUAACGGGACGUUUUGUCUCUGGGUGGAGGGAGGAAAGGUGCGCGGCCAGUACGGGGAGCAGAAUAUCACGUCCGGUUCCACUUUGACGGCUAAUAAGUGGUAUAACGUCAUGUUCCGCAGCAGUAUUGAAGAUGAGGCGCUCGCUAUAUUCAUAGACGGAGUUUUAGACGCGACACAGACGCAAGUACCGAUGGUCAACUGGACAAUAACCGAAUACACACACGACCUAACCUUAUACAUUGGCAAGAAGAAUGCUACCUUCUUCAAAGGAUCUAUAGAUGAGUUGCGUCUGUACUCGGUGGCAAUUCCUGACGCAGACAUUAGUUCCCAUAUCGGACUGGUGACGCUCCAGCGGCCCAUCUGGAAGGACUAUGGCGUGCUCCACUUCCGCAUGGAGGACUCCGUUGCUAAUGACUCCCUUGCGAACUCUGGGAGGUUCGCGGGAAUGUCCGUACGAUCCGGCGGAGAUUUUGUAACGAGCUUCCAGCAAUACCAUCAGUUCAAGCUCACGUACCCCAACAACAAGAGAUAAAGACAAUAUACGAGACAAGACACGUCAUGAGAUUAGUGCUGGCUAUAUCAGCAUUUGAGUCGCGUUCUGAGAAAACUGGGCAUAAUGCAUGUGCGUAACGUGUCGUUCCAGAUUAGCCUGUGCAGUUCGCACAGGCUAAUCAGGGAAGACACUUUCCGCUUUUAUGGUAUUUUUCGUUUAACGGAAGUCUCUUCUGCACGAAAAUCCAGUUAAGGCGGAAAGUGUCGUCUCUGAAUAACCUGUGUGGACUGCACAGGCGAAUCUAGGACGACACUUUACGCACAUGCAUUAUGCCCAGUUUUCUAAGAACGCGACUCAUUUGUAAAUGUUUCUGUGGUAAUUUGCAAAGCCACGAGUGGAGAAGAGAUUGUAAUAUUUGUCAACCUGUUUUUAAUGUGAAAAAUGAUUAACAUAUAGUGCAUGGGCGUACACAGAUUUAUUGUUAUAUAUUGCACUAAAGGCAGUUGACAAUGUUCAAACUUAAUAGUUCGUUCAGCUUUUUAAAUUUUGUAUGACUAACAUAUUUAAAUAUUUCAAAUGCUUUAACACUCUGUGCUUUUCUAAUAGAUGAUAUGUAGUAUUUAGGCAAUCUUAAAAAUGAAUUCCAUAUUUAUAUUUAGUCCUAAUCACGAGCUUCAUUGUUCAUCAUAGUUUUAUGUUACUAGUUAAUGUCUUAAUUAUAUGAAUUCGAUAAUAUCUAUAACUAUACUACUGUUGCAUCUUUAUGUUGUGUUUUUUAAUUUUUCGUUGACGACUGUGAUAUUUUUUAUAACCGCAUUUCUUAUACUUAUGUUCUUAUAUAGUAUUUUGCAGGUCAAAAUAUUUACAUAUAUAUUGUAUAUAGUCUGUUGAAACUUGUAACAUUAAAUUUAUUUUAACAAAAUCGCAUUUCUUUGUAUUUAUUUUUGCAAUGUCUGUUACAAAACUGAAAUCAUAUUUCAAA